UAGACGUCACAAAGAAUACGUUAGAAACAACAUUCGCCGUACUCAUUGGCAUCGUCAAAACAGCCCCGAGCUCUUUAGCAGUGAAUCGACGCACUAAGAACUCGAAGAAAGACAAUUUUCGACCUUAAUUGAACAAGACGCUUAGAAACCGUUUACAGCAUCCCGAAAGAACAUCUGAAGUCGCUAGAGAGAAUAUUUUGAGGGUGAAAGCUUGAAAUCUUACUUUCCCGCCUUUUUUAAUUGCUCAGAAAGAAUUUACUACGAAGGAAGUAAGAAGCGUGGAUCUAUUUGUCGGCGGUAGAAGUGUGGCCAGUGAAUCGUGCACGACCAGUGAGAAUAAUGCCAUCACCGAAAAGCUCAAGGUCUGGGCCUGCUCAUUCCGCGGAUCAAAAGCUGUUACGAGCCAAAGAUGUUGUCAUCCAUCGAAACGCAGAAAAAGGCAACAGUUGUCAGUGUUGCGGGAAGCGACUUGUGGCACUCCCGCUUCUUGGCUUUACAAUUCUUUCCAUUGGAUGUCUUCUUGGAAUCGGUUAUUUUAGCAUCCAUCGAGUAACAUCCUCUGCGUACCAUACAGAAGGUCUUAUACCAUCCUAUGUUACAGGCGCAUUGCUUGGUUUGGUUGGAUUGCAUCUGAUGGUCAUGUGGAAGCCAAGAUGUAAAGUACUCAUUGUUUCCUCAAUAAUUUUCACCGUGGCAGCCGCAUUUCUUUGUUUCGCCGGAGCGCUUUUUACUGGGACCGAAAUUGCGCCUCUCCUUUCUGAGAUGGACAGCUGUCAAUAUUUCCCUGUGGAGAACUCGUGCAAGUGCUUUCAUCACAGUGAGCUACGACAAGUGUCAAUCAUCUUCAGAGACACUGCAAACUGUAAUGGUAUCCAAAACAAACUGCGUGAUCUGGUGUACGGCAUGUGUGGCGUGUAUAGUGGUGGACUGAUCACGUGCAUUCUGGCCGCGGUUAUGGAGACGGCGUUACUGUGCCGCAAAAGACGUUCUAAGGCUACCCUUCACUCCAGAUCAGAUGGCGAUGGCAAAUGUACCGUCAAUUCUCGCCAGUCUCAGACGUCGCAAACUGACCUCAGUGUUAUCGAAGAGGAAGACGUUGAACUCGCAGCAACAGAAAUUCAACGUUCACCCAUCGAAACUCAAGCAAGCCAAACACCAUCGAACUUUGUACGAGAUGUACCUUGUUCACACUAUGUGGUCGAUAUGAGCAUUCCGCGCCGAGAUUUUGUUAUUAAUUACAAUUCCAAUUCCAGACAUGACCCGCCCCCUCCGUACACGGAGUAAAAAUGUACCAUGCACCUAAGGGUAGAAGGGGGGGUGGGUACGGGGGUGCGGUGGAGAGGCUGAAAUGGGUGCUCUUUGCUGACAGAACAAAUAAAAUAAAAAACAACAAAGCUGUUUGUUUUGAAAUGAGGAUUAGAUUGGGAAAAUAAAAAUCCCACAGAACAGUUUAUCUAGAUAACCCUCUCGUGAAAGUCUACAAAUACGUUAUUUAAAUAGAUUUAGCCAAAUUAAGUUCUGAAUCGUCGGGGUAUUGAAAUUGUGCGUCUGUUGUGAAUAAUUGGUUUACGGCUAGUAAAUAACAGAAACAAAAUGUAAGAAGUGUAAUGGCUUCCGAAAAUUUUAUGUAUUAUAUGUUUAUACAACUGUGAAUAACAAAACUGUACAAAUCACCUCAGAGAAUUCCUUUGUAAGUAAGGGGCUUUACCUAUGGCCAGCUAGUUAUGACUAGCUGCCCAUAGAUGUCUUUGUAAGGAUAGUCUCGUAAAGUUUCUCUUUGUAAUCACACUUUUACCAUGCCAUGAUUUGAUUUGAUUCGAUGAACAAUCAAGGUAAAAUAUUUUUGUAACCGCAAAAUAACUUCUGUUAUCUUCUAAGGUGCAUUAUUCAUUAAAAGAAAAAAAAAAACCGUUUUUUCUUUA